CACUUGACUCUGAUUACAGAAAUAUUCAAGAAAAUAAGUCGAAAGAUCAAACAUCGAGAUGGUCGUCUGACUCAAAUAACCCACCACAGUUCCUGACUCUGAAAUUGGCGAAAUACUCAAUUGUGAAGUAUAUAACGUUCGGAAAGUAUGAAAAGACUCAUGUAUGUAAUUUGAAGAAGUUCAAAGUGUUCGGUGGUCUCAAAGAUGGAAAAAUGAUUGAGCUACUCGACAGUGGAUUGAAAAACGACAACGUUCCGGAAACGUUUGAAUUGCGACAUUCGAUUGAUGAUCAGCUAUUUCCUUGCCGCUUCAUAAAAAUACUGCCUCUGCAGUCGUGGGGCUCCAGCUUCAAUUUCAGCAUCUGGUUUGUCAAAUUGUCCGGCAUCGACUCAUGGGAUAUUGUCAAGCCAUCAUUGGACUGGUUCUUGGAGUUCCAGAAGAGAGAAGCGGUAAGACUGUGUUUGAAGUAUUUGAGGAAGCAGGACUACAAGGAUGCGUUCAGUGUAUUGUCACGAGUGAGUGGAAUCCAACUCGAGGAUCCGAUGUUGACUGAACUUCAUAAAAUCCUAGUCGAAGAAAGCGACUUCAACGGAGCUGAGCAGUUGGUCUGUCAAUCUGUCAACAGCGGCUUGUUCAGUGCAUACAUUUCGAAGCAGGAGUACCGCGCCAUCUGGAGACCGCUGCAGAGCACAGGUCCGCAGCCGGGCAUGCGCGGUGGCCAUCAGAUGUGCAUCGAUCCGCACAGCGAAACCAUCUUCCUAUUGGGCGGCUGGGACGGAAACCAGGACUUGAGCGAUCUCUGGGCCUAUCACGUGCCUUCCAAGCAGUGGCGGUUGAUCUCAAAUGACACUGAGGCUCAAGGAGGUCCUAGUGCAAGAUCGUGUCAUAAAAUGUGUCUCGACCCAAAAAGAAGACAAAUCUUCACCUUAGGCAGAUAUCUUGACUGUCAAUACAGGGUACCUGAGAAUUUAAAGAGUGAUUUCUACGUGUAUGACAUAGAAAGCAACCAAUGGACAUUGAUAACUGACGACACGGCAGCUCUGGGUGGCCCGCAGCUCAUCUUCGAUCACCAGAUGUGCAUUGACGUCACUCUCAGAACCAUUUAUGUUUUUGGAGGAAGAGUUCUGAAUGUUUCUGUUAACGGAAUAACGACAACUGAAGCUAUUGCUUCAUCAGAACCAGUGUACUCGGGCCUGUUUUCUUACCAUGUAUCGACCAACACUUGGAGAAAUUUGUGUCCUGAUUCUCCGAUUCAGCCAGAUCCAAAUAGCACUCCCACGCUACGCUCCAGAGUUAGUCACUCCAUGCUCUUCCAUCCGAUUUACAGGAAGCUGUUCAUAUUCGCUGGCCAAAGAAAUAAGGACUAUUUGAAUGAUUUCUUUUCGUACGAUGUGGACUCUGGCCUGGUCGAGCACAUUUCAGACGGCAGCAAGAGAGAUGCCUCCGCCUUGCCAGCGGCUGGCUUCACGCAGAGAGCAACCAUAGAUCCGCAGCUCGACGAAAUCUACGUUCUCUCAGGUCUAAGUAAGGAUAAAGAAAAGCGGGAUGACAGCGUACAAAAUUCUUUCUGGGUUUACUACAUCAAACAAAAUGAGUGGAGUUGCGUUUAUCGGAAUGAGAACGCUGAAGAACAGUACUGGAGCAAGAUGCAACACUUGGAACCUUGUCCUAGGUUUGCUCAUCAGUUAGUCUACGACCACGUUAAUAAGGUGCACUAUUUGUUCGGUGGCAACCCUGGCAAAGCAUCUUCGCCGAAACUCAGACUGGAUGACUUCUGGCGGCUCACCCUCUACAGACCCACCUAUCCUCAACUAUUGCAGAGGUUCCGAUUUCUCAUUCGAAAAUACAGGUUUCAAGAAUUAGCUUCUUCAGAUAGUUUGCAAGCCCUUCACUAUCUGCAAACGUCUCUCUCGGACAUCAUUGAUCAUGAAGAUCCAGAACAAACAAAAGAAUUCCAGAAGCUGGCUUCAGUGAUAUUCCAGGAGAGCGACUGUUGCCGGGGUCAGUCGUCGGCUCACGAGGACAUGCAGACCAGGUGCUUCCAGCAGCGUUGCCAGCUAUUCGAGGAGCUCUGUGCCUUCUUCCCCGCCAACAUGACUCAGCCACAGGCUGACCUGCUCGACCUUGUUCCUAUGUAGUGAUUUCUCCUUUCAACAACAAAUCGACUCAAUUCUUUCAAUUUGAAUUGAAUUAACUAAUCUAAUCUCUUCUCACAUAUGUGUUCUAUCUUGACACAUAGCAUUGUGCAAUACAUGUUCUCAGCCUCAGCGACAUCAGCUCUUGCUCCAACAACAAAUUGACUCUAUUCUUUCAAUUUGAAUUGAAUUAACUAAUCCAAUCUUUCUUUAGUUGCAUUACAAGUCAUUCGAUGUACCACUUGAGCUGAGAUCAAGAAUUUAUCUCUUAUUACCACUGUAUUCAGUCGUACUUUAUUUUUUAAGCCUUGUAAUAUAAUUCUCUCAUUAUAUUUGUUUAUUGAGCUCGCAUUUACUCUAUCUCGACUAUCAUUGAAAUCUAAUGGUAUAAUAUUGAAUUCAAUCAGGAAGCUCCUUGAUUUUCUCUAACAUUGUAUAAUCGUAUUGCUGAAAUACGUGAGAAAAGACUGCUAGGUUUUACACUAUGAACAGAGAUAUUGUGAAAUUUCUCCGUAUUAAGGUGAAAUAAAAUCGAUAUUAUUAUGCACAUUAUAUGCAACUGUCAAUAUCGUUUUUAUUUCACCUCAAUUGCUAGCUAGCUUUUUAUGAAAUUGAACAGUUCUGCAAUUUUGAAGGAUUUACCAUUUGGUUGAAUUUUCAACAGAUCUCUCUAUAUUCUGUUGAAGAUGAAACGUUACCAACUAUCACUUUUCUCUGAUUGAAAUUUGUAAAUAAUUGAUCAAUGUUUAUUUUAAAUCUAUGCUCUAUGAAUAUUUCUUCUCUUCCUGUAACUGUAUUUGUAAACAGGAAGAUUUUUAAAUUUUAUACUCUGCUUGGAAUUGACAAAUACGCUUGAUCGUAGUACUUUAUUCGUUAUAUGAAUGUGUAAAUAUUAUUGCAGAAUUUUCAACAUUGAAUGUUUUGUUAAGAAAUAGGCAGCUAUGUAUCUUGAUAGAAUAGUCGACAAGUUUCUGAUAUAAUUGUAUUGUCUAUUUUCUGUAGUAAACUAUUGAGUAUUAGUUAGCAGCAUUUGCAAUGACUUGAACUUCCUAGAUCAAGGUCGAGGCGACCUGUAAAUUCCAAUUUUACUAGAUUUGU